GUGAUAAUCGCAACGAAGCGCGGCAAACCUGGCUUCCUGGCCCCUGGUGAGAUCGCCCCAGAAAUCGACGAUGAAGAUGCGAAGAUGGAAGAAAGGAAGAAAAAGAGGAACGAAAUUCUCGGAUGUUUUCAGGCUGAUAGAGAAGAGCUUGACCGAUAUCGUCCAAAGCACUUUUACAAAGAAGACCUUGACUUUGAAGGUCCAGGCUACGAUAUUGAUGAUUCACCAUGGGAUUCGCAUUACCAGAUCGGUCCCGAUACGUACUUGAUGGCUACCCAAGGUCCGUCGUUCAAUAGCCGUGUACGCGACUAUCGCCGCACUCUGUUCGGUGAAGGAGCCCCUCUGGUUAGGCAAGGCUUCCUCGGAGUUAGGAAUAAGGACAUCACAGUCAGAGAAAGAAGAAGGUACACUGAUAUCCUGCGUGAGAAACAGGCUGGUGUUCUUCCAAAGAUAAAUGAGCACGCCAAUGCAAUUCAGAAAGCACCAUCCCUAAGCGCUAUUGAACGAAUCAAAGCUGAUAUCGAGAAAGUUGCUCCGAGCGCGACAAGAAGAAACGCUGAUGGAACAUACGCUCCGAUCUUCGUUUCACGUCUCCGUGACGUCUACCUCAAGAAGGAGCCAUUUGUCAUAUUCGAAUGUGCAGUAACUGGCAGUCCACCACCGCACGUCGAAUGGCAAUUCCAAGGCGAGGUUCUGCUGAGUCGUGGAAGAUACCAAAUCGAGCAGGGUCGUUCCGUAUGCCGGUUAACAAUUUCUUGUCCGAGCAGCUGUGAUACCGGCGAAUACACAUGUGUCGCAUCUAACGAAUACGGUAGCGACAAAACCACCAGCUGUCUCAUCACUGGAGAAGCACCAUCUCGUCCAGGACGUCCCGAAUGUGAUCUCGUCUCUGAUACAGAAGCAAUGUUGUCAUGGGAGGCUCCCGAAGGACCAACGUAUUUGGAAGGCAUCACUUAUCGACUUGAAUACCGUAACGCUGACGUGAACGAUUAUAUGGCCCCAUGGGUAGUGAUUAGUGACUUCGUCGACGACGAGGCAGCCGUAGUUCGCCAUUUGAAUCCUCUCGGAGUUUAUCAGUUCCGUGUGACAGCGAAAAAUGGAUUCGGAUAUGGACCACCAAGUCUGAUUAGUCGGCUUGUCCAGACCAAUGCAAGAGGUCAGUUGACAGGAGACCCAGAAGGGGGCUAUAUCUUUGCAUUGCCGGUAGUUGUUGCAGGUGCUCCUAAAUUGCCGUUGGAUGGUAUGAAGGAGGCAUGCCGCUUCAAUGUACUCUCGUUGCCUCAGAAAACGACCUCCCGUCAACUUGAGGAGAUUUCUGAAGAGAGCGAAGAAGACCACUCUCGCAUUGAGCCAUGCGCUUCUCACGAUCUUAUCAAUGAUGAUCCUACGAAGAGGUUCCAGAUUGAAUCGCUACUGUUCAAAGGAAAGUUCUCGGUUUUGAGACAUUCCGUGGAUUCACAAAAAGAAGCUGGAGCUCACUGUGACCCAACUGUAAUGCGUGAAUUCGAAACACUCAAAGAAGGUCAGCACGAAAACGUGCAGCAUCUCAUUGCGGCAUAUCAAAAUAACGGUUUCCUAUACUUAUUCUGCGAACGGUUAUUUGAAGACGUUUUCUCACGUUUCAUUCAAAUCGACUACUAUACUGAAGAACAAGUUAGACUAACUAUCGGACAGUUAGCCAGUGCUCUCCAUUGGUUACACUUUAGAGGCAUUGUCCAUCUUGAUGUGAAUCCACAUAAUGUGAUGUUCCAAUCGAAGAGGAACUGGAUAGUGAAGUUGGUCGAUUUCGGCAGUGCACAGUUCACGAAGGAAUCAGUGAAACCAGUAGAAUUGGAUACUGCAUGGGCGGCUCCAGAACUUCACAUUAAAGAGACACCUGUUACUGUGCAAAGUGAUGUAUGGGGUCUUGGAGUGAUCACUUUCUGCCUACUAGCAGGAUUUCAUCCAUUCACAUCUGAAUACGAUCUGCCAGAAGAGAUCAAGGAGAAUGUGAUAAACGUGAAAUGCGACCCGAAUCUGAUUCCCGUAAACGCCAGUCAAGAAGCUCUGAGCUUCGUUACUUGGGCACUGAAGAAGAAUCCAUUGCGACGAAUGCGAACGGAUGAGGCGUUGUCACAUCGGUUCCUCGCAUCUGAUCCUCAAAUGGUGCGACGACGGGAAUCAAUCAAAUAUGCUGCUUCUCGCCUCCGCAAGACCGCUCUUCUCACAAAACAGUCACAGGGACGACCUGCAAGCACUGAAUUGGAGUUGAAGUAUGGCGGAAAACUGAUACAGUAA